AUGAAUUAAAAAUUAGACAUCUUAAAAUAAGUCAAAAUUCCCCGUUCUAUAAGUACAACCAACUAGAAGGCUACUAUGAAGAAAUUGAACAAUUAAUCUAUGCAAACAAUUGUUGAUAAAUUGCCUCCAAUUCAUCCGGAACCUUUACAACGUAUACAGACAGAGUUGUAGGAGGAACAUUAAUGUGUGAAAUACAUAACUGUCAAAACUCUAGCAGGGUAGACGAAUAGAAAGAGAUUGAAGAUAAAUUAAGACAGUCUAAUAAUUAAGAAGUACUUAUGUAAUCAGAUUGAUUGGCAUUUGUUUGGAGUGUUUGAUGGUCAUGGAUAAAAUGGCCAUUUUAUUUCUAAAUUAAUUUCAUAAUUGAUGCCUAAAGUAUUAGAAAAUAAAUUACUUGAAAAUAGAACCAGCAAUGCUAAUGAUAUAAAAUAAAUUUUAAUUAAUACAUUUCAACACAUCGAAAAUGAAUUAGUAGAUAAUUCAAAUAUCGCUUGUAAUUUUAGUGGAUCCACAGCAAUAGUAACAUAUUUUAUGGGUUCAAAAAUAUUCUGUGCCAACGUAGGUGAUUCAAGAGCAGUCUUCUUUUAUAGAUCAGGAGAUGCAUGGUUCAAUAGAGCCUUAUCAUUUGAUCACAAGCCUAACAAAUCCAUUGAACUAAAGAGAAUUUUGGGUUAAGGAGGAAGAGUGGAAUAAAGUUUUUUUGACGGUAAAAGAUAAGGUGCUUAUCGAGUUUGGUUGCCACAUGAAGAUAUCCCAGGUUUGGCAAUGUCAAGAUCAAUUGGGGAUUUGGUAGCAAAACAAGUAGGAGUGAUAGCAGAUCCUGAAAUAUUAAGGUAUAAGAUUCCAAAUAACGGGUUUGUAUUGAUUGGCAGUGAUGGUUUAUGGGACAAAAUGGAUUAUGAAAGUAUUUAAAAGAUACUUCAUAAUUAUUAUCCUCCAUUAAAUUAAAUAGAUGUAGAGUCUGCGAUUUAGAGAAUACUUGGAGAAACUUAUACAAAGUGGGAUCAAUUAGAAGCAGCAAGAGAUGAUAUUACAAUUAUACUCAUUUAUGUAGAAACUUGA